AUGACUGUUUACCAAACGGAUCUAUUUAUGGUGGCAGGGUGGAUAAUAUCCUGCCGUCAGCGAGAAGGAAUAAAAUGGACGGCUACUCACGACGACGCAGCCCACACACACUCAAACGAAGACGGUAUGUUUAUACAGGUUCUGUUGAUCGUCCGAGUCAGGACAAGUUACUGCCCUGAAGAAGAUGAAGGAGGAUCAUUGAAGAUGAAGAUAAGAACAGAACGCGAAGGGCACCUGAUCCUUAUCGGACCCCUUUGA